UGAGGUUCGGCUGGGACUGCAGAAGUCCAAAACAGCCAUUUUUUAUUUGAUUGAUUUUUCAGCACUCCGCCUAUUCCUUCUUCUUUUUUCCCUUGUGCUCAAGAGCCUCGGUCACAUCUGCCGUGUUCAAGCGAAUCCCACCCGUUGCCCAGUUGGAAGUCUCGCCCCUCUGGUUAAUAAUAGGCUCUAGCUUGUCGGCAGAGCGCGCACCAGAUGACCCUGAAGUUGACCACAUCAUCUCGCUCAACAUGAGUGACCUGCAGAAAGCUUGGGCGAGGAAGAAGAUGGAGCUGAAUGGUGCGGAGGCGUUUAACGAGCUCGACGAGGAAGAAGAGGAGGAGUCAGAUUACCUCCCUGAGCUUCCCGAGGUCGUUGAUGACGAUUCCUCCUCGUCCGCCUCAUCAGCAUCGUCGACGGGCACCAUUGUCCCAACACCCAGCAGGAACCUAUUUGCAAGGCCUCUAGGAGGUGGCGGCAGGACUCUUGACCCGAUCCCAUGGACGACGUAUUUCGAGAGGGAGCUUUUCCUGCCCAGCCAGCCAGACGAAGCCGGCAACCCGCGCAUCACCCACCAUGCCUACCUGACGUCACCCGUUGACAAAGGCCCACUCUUUGUGAUGCAUCACGGAGGUGGGUCGUCAGGCCUCUCGUUCGCGGUCGUGGGAGCAGAAAUCAGGAAGAAACUGCCCAACGCAGGCAUCCUGUCACUCGAUGCGCGCGGCCAUGGCUCGACUGUCGCCUCGGCUCCCCUUGACUACAGCCUGGAGACGCUGAGGACCGAUCUGCUGUCCGUCAUCCAGCAGACGCAGCUACAGAUGGGCUGGAAAGAACUGCCGGCCAUCGUGCUCGUGGGCCACUCACUUGGCGGGGCGGUCGUCACUGAUCUCGCCAAAUCAUAUGCACUGGGCAACUCCCUGCUUGGCUACACGGUGUUGGACGUCGUCGAGGGAUCGGCCAUGGACGCGCUUCAGAGCAUGACUACGUAUCUAUCGACGCGUCCGACAGGCUUUGCAUCUAUCCAGGCCGGGAUCGACUGGCACAUGCGCUCAAGAACCAUCCGAAGCCCCAUAUCCGCACGAACCAGCGUGCCCGGACUGUUGUGUGAGGUUCCAGGCGGUAGCAGGCCUUGGAAGUGGAGGACCGACCUCGCUGCCACGGAGCCGUUCUGGGCGGACUGGUUCGUUGGACUGAGCAAGAAGUUCCUCGAGGCCAAGGGCGGGAAGAUGCUCGUCCUUGCUGGAACAGACAGGCUGGAUACAGCCCUUACUAUUGGACAGAUGCAGGGCAAAUACUCGUUACACAUCUUCCCAGAGGCAGGCCAUUUCCUCCAUGAGGAUAGACCUGAGGACACAGCCGUGGUGCUCGUCGACUUCUAUAGGCGCAAUGACAGAAGCGCACUAGUGCUACCACCAAAAGUGUCCGAGUUGCUGGCGCAGGGGAAGAGAGUCUGAUGCACUCAUACAAAGAGAGAGAGAGAGAGAGAGAGAGAGUGUGUGUGUGUGUGUGUGUGUGUGUAUAAUGACCCAGAGGGGCUACGUCGAGAGAGGUUUUAAGAGGUCCUCAAUUUGGUAGAUAAGAGGAGGAGUGUGAUACAUGCACACACGCGCACACACAUUGGGACUCUCAGAAGAAACACAUUCAGUACACCAAUGAUGCAUGAAGCCCAUUCCAAUACACUGCGUCCAUCUUGAAACUCAAGCAGUGCGGCAGGAAAUACUGGGAUUUAGACCUCCAAAUGUAGAAACUUAAUUAUAACUCAUAUGCUCCUG